AUGGCUUCCCGACAAGCAGCAGGAGCCCGCCCGGGCGCAAGAUUUGCCCAGUUCAAGCUCGUCCUUCUUGGAGAGUCCGCCGUCGGAAAGAGUUCGCUCGUCCUCAGAUUCGUUAAAGACCAAUUCGAUGAUUAUCGCGAGUCGACGAUCGGAGCCGCCUUUCUGACACAGACCAUCUCCCUCGAUGAUAGCACCACAGUCAAGUUCGAAAUCUGGGAUACCGCUGGCCAGGAGCGGUAUAAGUCGUUGGCUCCGAUGUACUAUCGCAAUGCCAACUGUGCUGUGGUUGUCUAUGACAUCACCCAAGCUUCGUCGCUAGACAAAGCCAAAUCAUGGGUGAAGGAACUUCAGCGCCAAGCGAAUGAGAACAUUGUGAUCGCCCUAGCAGGCAACAAGCUCGAUCUUGUCACAGAAAGCCCUGAUAAGCGAGCAAUUCAAGAGGCUGAUGCCGAGGCCUACGCACGUGAAGCGGGCCUGCUUUUCUUCGAGACCUCUGCUAAGUCCUCGAUAAAUGUCAAGGAACUAUUCACCGCCAUCGCCAAGAAACUACCUCUGGAUCAGGCCGGUCCUCGGAACUUGCGAGCGACCCCUCGGCCCGGCGUUGACUUGCGACCAGAGGCCCCCGGAACUCAGGGUGCUGUGCGCCCUCGCCUCACCCACCGUUUGAGAAGGCCUAAGGCUACACAUCCCAGCAUCUUUCAACGGUGGUAUAACUCUGUGACUUUCUAUGAUUUCGCCAAUGUCAUUCCAUCGGACUCUGGCACCAUUCCCUACCGCUACGGAGCCGAGGGAUAG